AUGGGCUGCGCGCCCAGCAUCCACAUCUCGGACAGCCGGGUGGUGUAUCACAGCGGCAAGGAGGCGGAGGACUCGAACUCCUCGCAGGCUGGGCAGCAGCAGCAGCAACCACCCCCUCCGACGGGAUUAUUCAUUAAAUCUUCCAGCUCCUCCGCCUACAAGCUGCGGAGCAAGCCCUCCAAGAAGGGCGGGAAGCGGGGCAGGAUGGAAGCCGAGCCUCGGGGCCCUGGCGCCGGAGGGAAGGCGGUGGGAACAGAUGUGCGCUUUGGCCCUAUGAGACUCCACCAAGAUCCACUUCAGGUACUUUUAGUCUUUGCCAAAGAAGACAACCAGAGCAAUGGAUUCUGCUGGGCUUGUGAGAAAGCAGGAUUUCGGUGUAACAUUGCAAAGACACCUGAAUCUGCUGUUGAGUGCUUUCUGGAGAAACACCAUGAAAUCAUCAUUAUUGAUCACCGACAUUCAAAACACUUUGAUGCAGAAGCACUAUGCAGGUCCAUUAGAACAACAAAGCCGUCCGAAAACACUGUUAUUAUCGGUGUCGUGCGAAGACAUGCAGAUCGUGAAGAAUCCUCAAUAUUACCCUUCCUUUCUGCUGGCUUCACAAGAAGAUAUGUAGAAAAUUCUAAUAUCAUGGCCUGUUACAACGAACUCAUUCAGCUGGAAUUUGGAGAAGUACAGACACAAUUUAAAUUAAGGGCUUGUAAUUCAAUAUUUACAGCACUGGAGAAAAGUCAAGAAGCCAUUGAGAUUACAAGUGAAGACCAUGUAAUACAGUAUGUCAACCCUGCAUUUGAAACAAUGAUGGGCUAUCAAAAAGGAGAAUUAAUAGGAAAGGAACUAACAGAAGUGCCUACAAAUGAAAAAAAAGCUGAUUUCCUUGACACUAUUAAUUCUUGCAUCAAGAUUGAAAAGGAAUGGCAAGGAACAUAUUACACCAAAAAGAAAAAUGGAGAAAGCAUACAACAAAAUGUGAAGAUCAUACCUGUCUUUGGACAGGGAGGAAAAAUUAGACACUAUGUGUCUCUUAGUAGACCGUGCAAUGACAUCAACAAGACUGACAGAGUUCAAGCAGAGUCCCAAACAGAUAACCAGAGUUGCAAGCAUAAAGACCGGAGGAAAGGGUCCUUAGAUGUCCGAUCGACCACUUCUCGGGGCAGCGAUGGCAGUUCACAAAGAAGGCAUUCAUCGAUGGCCAGAAUACAUUCCAUGACAAUUGAAGCACCUAUUACAAAGGUAAUCAAUAUUAUCAAUGCUGCCCAAGAAAGUAGUCCCAUGCCAGUCGCUGAGGCUUUAGACCGAGUCCUUGAGAUCCUGAGGACCACCGAGUUGUACUCUCCCCAACUUGGGACAAAGGAUGAAGACCCGCAUACGAACGACCUUGUUGGAGGUUUGAUGACGGAUGGCUUGCGAAGAUUAUCAGGGAAUGAAUAUAUAUUAGCGGCAAAACAAACUCAUCAGGUUCCAGGCAGUUUAAUCUCACCAAUCUCCCUUAAUGACAUACCACCUAGGAUAGCAGAAGCAAUGGAGAAUGAAGAACAUUGGGACUUUAACAUUUUUGAAUUGGAAGCAGCGACCCAUAAAAGGCCUUUAGUUUACCUCGGUCUCAAAAUGUUUGCCCGUUUCCAGCUCUGCGAAUUCCUUAAUUGCUCGGAGUCGACUCUGCGGGCAUGGCUCCAAGUCAUCGAAGCCAACUAUCACUCGUCCAAUGCCUAUCACAACUCGACCCACUCGGCUGACGUCCUACAUGCUACAGCCUAUUUCCUUUCUAAAGAAAGGGUAAAACAAACUCUGGAUCCGAUCGAUGAAGUCGCUGCCUUGAUUGCUGCCACUGUUCAUGACGUGGAUCAUCCCGGGCGCACAAACUCCUUCCUGUGCAACGCAGGCAGCGAGCUUGCCAUUUUAUACAACGACACGGCAGUCUUGGAAAGUCACCAUGCAGCUUUGGCCUUCCAGAUCACGAUACGAGACGAUAAGUGCAAUAUUUUUAAAAACAUGGAGCGAAACGAAUAUCGAACCCUCCGCCAAGCCAUUAUUGACAUGGUCCUGGCCACAGAAAUGACGAAGCACUUUGAACAUGUCAACAAGUUUGUCAACAGCAUCAACAAACCACUGGCCGCCCUUGAAGAGAAUGGGACUUCUACACUUUCAUUUCAUGAGGGUGCAAAUGGAGACAGCGAUUCCAUCAAAAAUGUACUCACCUCGCCUGAAAACCGAAUCCUGAUCAAGCGGAUGCUCAUCAAGUGCGCUGACGUCUCCAAUCCCUGUCGGCCUCUGGAACAGUGCGUUGAGUGGGCAGGACGCAUCUCUGAAGAGUAUUUUGCACAAACAGAUGAAGAAAAAAGACAAGGCUUGCCGGUUGUGAUGCCAGUUUUCGACAGAAAUACCUGUAGUAUCCCCAAGUCACAAAUAUCAUUCAUUGAUUAUUUCAUCACUGACAUGUUCGAUGCUUGGGAUGCAUUUGCAGACCUGCCAAAUCUGAUGCAACACAUGGACAACAACUUCAAAUAUUGGAAAGGGCUGGAUGACCAGAAACUACGGACACUCCGGCCGCCGCCCGAAUAGCGAUUUGGCCUCUUGGUUUCGUGGUCGUCUCACCUGGAAAUGCAUUCCUUCAAACUUCGAAUUGUGCGUUUUCAGAUUUCUUUUGGUCUUUUCAGUAUUACUGUCAUGCCUUCCUGCGCACAGUCUUGGGGAGUCGUGAACAUUCAGGACAGCCUUCAGGGCGGCAAUGAUGGACCUGCCGUGGAGGACUAGUGAUUUUAUCUAGUAAGCCUUUCAAGCUGAAUUCACACUGGAUUGCUGCAUUGCCUGUACUGAAGGAGGUUUAAGGCUGAACCGUAUUGAAACGAUGCGUUUAGUUUUGGCGCUAUCGUCAUUCCAGGGCUGAAGAUAUCCUCCGCUUAAAAGAUUUUAGCACACUGAUCAUCUGAUCUGCCAGCGGAGGUGCAAAUCCCUGCAAAUCAGCGGUGAUGACCCGUGAGGAUUAUGAGGAUGCUUUUGAGUAAGCACUUAAAAAACAGUUACAUUGAACAAUUCAGUCUUUGACUUGCCAACCUUUUAUGAAGGAAGACCUUUUUUUUAAUCUUCUGAAAAACGGACGUAUUUUUUCACAUCGCAGAAGGUGCAAUCAUUCACUUUUGAGCACUACUGAGCGCAAGUUCUCUUGAAAAUAAAUUUAGUAGCAAAUGGAAAACAAACAACCAACCUGAAGAUUUUUUGAAGUUGAUCGUUAGGCGUCUCUGAUUACAAAUAUGUUUUAUUUAUUUUGUUAGGUGUUCAAUAUUUUCUAUGAAUUUAUAAAGACUUUAAAAGCCAAAGCCAACUUUAGAUGCAUUACAGAUUUACAUGAUUCAUACUCGUUCUGCAUUUUAUUUUCAUAAUGCAAAAUGCCGUACAAUGAGGACACAUUUUUAUUGCACUGUAAAGAUAGACGUGUAUGUUGAAAUAUUGUUCAAUUUUAUGUUAAUUAAAAUAAGUUUUUAUCAAA